AUGGCGGCGAUAGCGGCACUGUGGCGGAAGGCAAGGGACUACAUAAAGACCAAGGAGUUCCGGGAUUACAUAACCAGCACACACUUUUGGGGUCCUAUGGCCAACUGGGGCCUGCCCAUGGCAGCCUUCAGGGACAUGAAGGCGUCUCCGGAAAUCAUCAGCGGCCGCAUGACAACCGCGCUCAUCUUCUACUCGCUGGCUUUCAUGCGCUUCAGUUACCGCGUGCAGCCCCGAAACCUGCUGCUGAUGGCGUGUCAUGCCACCAACGUGACGGCGCAGAGUGUGCAGGCGAGCCGCUACCUAGCCUACCAUUACGGCGGGGGCGCUGGGGAGACCACUGCUGUGGCCGCCACCCAACCCGACACGGCCACCAUUCAACCUGAGACGGCCGCCACCCAACCUGAGACGGCCGCCACCCGACCUGACACGGCCACCACCCAACUUGACACGGACGACACGGACACCACGGCCUGCGUUUGCGACCCCAAUGAUUUCAGCUUCUAG